GCCGAGUUCAGUAAGAAGAUGGUGAUGGUCAGUGUGGACGGGACCGAAUCCGACCGCACACACACUAAAGGACACACGCUAGACGUGGAGGGGAAAUUGUACCUCGGCGGACUUCCUGCCACAUACACCGCCAAGAGAAUCGGAAACGUGACACACAGUCUGGCGGCGUGUCUGCGGGACGUGAUGUUCAGCGGCGUACAGAUGAAGCUCAGCGCUGCGCUGUCGUCUCACGCCGCGGGCUCCUGCUUCAGACGCGCUCAGAGCGGCAGCUUCUUCAGCGGCAGCGGAUACGCCGCUUUCAUGAAAGAGGGCUAUAACGUGGGCUCGGACGUCUCCGUGAGUCUGGACUUCCGCUCCACGGCGCCGGAUGGGGUUCUGUUGGGAAUCAGCAGCACUAAAGUGGACGCCAUCGGCCUGGAGCUCGUCAACGGACAGGUGGUGUUUAACGUGAAUAACGGCGCGGGCCGGAUCACUGCGCGCAGCAGGAGCGCUCUGUCCAUGUGUGACGGCCGCUGGCGCACCCUGGUGGCCAAGAAGCAGAAGCACAGCUUGAGUCUGACCGUAGACGGUGUGACGGUGACCGCGGAGAACCCGUACUCAUCCUCCACCUCAGCCGAGACCAAAAACCCCAUCUAUGUGGGCGGAUACCCAGCGGACGUGAAGCAGAACUGUCUGAGCUCCAGAGAGCCGUUCCGCGGCUGCAUGAGGAACCUGCGCGUCUUUAAGGGUCACGUCACCGAUGAGCUGGACUUCAGCGCCGCCUUCGCUCACCCACACGUCUUCCCUCACUCCUGCCCGGAUAACGCUGCUACAGAUAUCUAAACAUCUUUAAAUCAAGACACAUUUACUGGAGAUGCGAAAUGAAGACAUAUGAAGUCUGAGAAAUUAAAAUUGAGUUUAUGCUUAAAUCAAGAAAAAAUGUCAAUACUGUGUGGAAAAUGUGUUUUACUUUUGAAUUUGAAGUUAAUUUUUAUUGGAGCCUAUUAGCAGGUUUUUGUACUUGUUUUAAUCAUAAAACAUUUUUUUAGAGCA